ACAAUGCAGAUGUUGCUUUAGUUAAUUUUUAUGCUGAUUGGUGUCGCUUCAGUCAAAUGCUGCAUCCUAUAUUUGAGGAAGCUUCUAAUGUGAUUAAGGAGGAAUAUCCAGAUAAGAACCAAGUGGUGUUUGCUAGAGUAGACUGUGAUCAGCAUUCGGAUAUAGCUCAGAGAUACAGGAUAAGCAAAUACCCAACUCUGAAACUCUUCCGGAAUGGGAUGAUGAUGAAGAGAGAAUACAGGGGCCAGAGAUCUGUGACAGCAAUAGCAGAUUACAUCAGGCAGCAGAAGAGUAACCCUAUUCGGGAGGUCCAGGAUUUGGAAGAAAUUAGUUCUCUUGAUCGCAGCAGAAGAAAUAUUGUUGGAUACUUUGAGCAAAAGGACUCUGACAAUUACAGAACCUUUGAAAGAGUAGCAAAUAUAUUGCAUGAUGAUUGUGUGUUCCUGUCUGCCUUUGGGGCUAUUUCAAAAGCAGAGAGAUUUAGCGGAGACAAUGUAAUCUACAAGCCACCAGGGGAAAAUGCUCCAGAUAUGGUGUAUUUGGGCUCGCUAACCAAUUUUGAUUUGAUUUAUGCAUGGACACAAGACAAAUGUGUGCCACUAGUCCGAGAAAUUACAUUUGAAAAUGGGGAGGAACUGACAGAAGAAGGCCUUCCUUUUCUCAUACUUUUCCACAUGAAAGAUGACUUGGAGAGUUUAGAGAAAUUCCAGCAGGAGGUUGCACGACAGUUAAUAAGUGAAAAAGGCACAAUAAACUUCCUCCAUGCUGACUGUGAUAAAUUCAGGCACCCACUCCUCCACAUUCAGAAGACUCCAGCAGACUGCCCUGUUAUUGCCAUUGACAGCUUUAGGCACAUGUAUGUCUUCCCAGACUUCAGUGACUUGUCAGUUCCAGGUAAGCUGAAGCAAUUUGUACUAGACUUGCAUUCUGGAAAACUGCAUAGAGAGUUUCAUCAUGGCCCUGAUCCAACUGAUGUAGCACCUGGACAGCCAAUUCAGGAUUUAGCAAGCAGCCCACCAGAGAGCUCAUUCCAGAAACUGGCACCCAGUGAACAUAGGUACACCUUAUUGAGGGAAAAAGAUGAACUUUAAAAACUUGAAAUAAUCUUGCAAGCCUUUCAGACAGCAGCAUUGACUUCUGUGUGGUGG